AAAGUGGAUUUGUUGCAGCACUUCUCACAGAUAGUGGUCAACACCACUGAUGUGUCCCUGUCGGUGGACAGUCUGAUGUGUCCCACCCUCCAAAUCGGCCUGUAUGCCAGUCUGAUGAUGUCUACACAGCAGGCAUUUGGACCGAGGUUUUCUGAUGACUUCAGCAUGCUGAUGGAGUUGCGCAGCACUCAGCAGGAGGAGAGCAGUGUGGUGACUCUGUUAAACUCCAGCAUCACAUCCACCUGCAGCUCCGCCUUGGCCCACAUUCACUCACCUUCAUCUCCACCCAACACAGAGAAUACGAGUUCACAGUGGGGUCUCUGUGUGACGGCCAGUGGCACCAGGUAUCACUGGGUGUCUCCCAGCUUUGGCUGGAGGUUUAUGUGGACUGUUCUCUGGUGGAGAGGGUGAACUGGGCCUAUCCUUGGCAGGGCAUCUCCAUUGACGGCCUGCUGAUGAUCGGAGGCAGCAUGGAGGGCUUUGAGACACCAUUCGAAGGUGCUCUGAGACAAAUUACCUUUGUGCAUGGGGGAUCCAGACGCUGCCAGACACCACUGUACUCUCCAUCAGCCCUGACUGCCAACCCUACCAACCUCCAGUGCACUCGGAAUGUGCACUCGGGCACCAGGCCCCACGAGUCGUCUAACAGUGCAGAAGGAUCUACAGAUAAGGAGUCCACACAUCUGGAUCACCUGUUGGACUCCACCCAUCGAGAUGCUACAGACCAAAGUCGUGGCUUUGUACUUGAUGAUAAGCCUCACAUCAUGUUGGCCACUAACAAUGAAGACAGAAGAGUUCAUGACAUUGAAUCCUUGCCAACCAUCCAAAAGUUAGAUGAAAAUAUCAUCCAAAAAAGCGCAGCGGCAGACAUAGCCUUAUAUGAUGUAGUCGACUUAACCUCACCUGAUUCACUGACACAGGUGACAUCUCAUGAUGUUACUUUACGGAUGGACGAGAACAUGAUACCAUCGAUGGCGUCAAAGGGACAUUGGGAGACAAAUAGCCAUUACCCUCUUUUAAGAAACAAUGAGGAAGGGCGGCAUUCCAGACUGCAGCACAUUGAGUCACUGCCAUCUGUACCUGCUAUUGGAACAGGGAACAUCAUUUAUGGAUCUGACCAGAGAAUCUACCGAAUCCACAAUGGCUCUCCUGGUCCAAUCGGACCGUGGGGAAGAAGGGGAUGUGCUGGGAGAGAAGGCUAUAUUGGAUUCAAAGGUGACAAGGGCUCUCAAGGUAUUCCAGGCCUGGAUGGGAGGAGAGGCGAUCCAGGGCCUCCAGGUCCUCCAGGACUUCCCACUCUCUACCUAUGGAAGAACUCUGAGGAGGACUGGGCUGCUUUUAGGAGAUCAGCCUUCUAUCAAAUGCUCAGAGCUGGCUGGCCGGUGAACCCCGGCCCACCUGGACCCAUGGGUGAAAUGGGCAAAGCUGGCCCUCCAGGUAUUCCUGGAGAUCCAGGGCACAGAGGAAUGCCAGGACAGAGAGGAGACAUGGGUUACCCUGGGCCAAAGGGUGUCCCCGGCAAGACAGGGAGGGGGGGCAGGAAUGGCAGUCAAGGAGUAGAUGGACGUUGUGGACCACCAGGGCUACCUGGGCUGCAGGGUCCCAGAGGUUUUAAAGGAGAAGAGGCUUCACCAGGGGAGAAAGGUGAUGAGGGUUUCACUGGUGAGCCUGGACCAGGUGGAGACACGGGGAGAGCUGGGGAGAAGGGAUAUAAAGGGGAACCAGGAGAACGUGGACCUGUUGGCCUUCCUGGUUCUUUAGGUAAAAGAGGCAUUCAGGGGCUUCCUGGACCUCCAGGAGCAAAGGGAGACUCUGGACAUUAUGGAAUGAAGGGUCCUCCAGGAUCAGUGGGUGCACCAGGGGCCACAGGCGGUGUCGGACCACCUGGACUGAACGGGUCCGAGGGGGAUCAAGGCCCAACUGGUCCACGAGGUCGUAAAGGCCCACCAGGAUCAUCAGGAUUAGUGGGAGAGACAGGCUCACCUGGACCUCGAGGCACUCAGGGUCAACCAGGCAAUGAUGGCCCUCCUGGUCCAAAAGGAGAAAUGGGUGAAAUAGGGCCUAUGGGAACAAAAGGAUUACAUGGCAUUGAAGGGCCCAUGGGGAUGUUUGGAGCUCCUGGUCCAAAAGGAUUUCCAGGUGGCACAGGUUUCAGAGGACUGGAUGGUGACAAAGGAGAUGCUGGACCCAAAGGAGACAGAGGCCCACCAGGUGCUGCAGGGAUCCAGGGACCUCAGGGAGAGAGGGGUGAACGGGGCACCUCAGGUCCUCCGGGAGUGAGAGGUCAACCUGGGCCGCGAGGAAAAGAGGGUGAAGAUGGGGAGGCUGGUGGUGGUGGAGUUGUUGGGAAACAGGGGCCAAAGGGUAACAGAGGCACCCCAGGACAAAAUGGAAAGUUAGGACUCAGAGGAUCAAAGGGCCGCACAGGACUCCAUGGCCUGUUUGGUCUACCGGGCAUGCCGGGUUUUAGAGGCAGAGUGGGGAUUGAGGGACCAGAAGGAAAGCCUGGUACACAGGGUGCUCCUGGUUCGGUUGGCUCUCCCGGCCCUAAAGGAGACAGAGGCGUUCCAGGUGUGGCCGGUGAUCCAGGACAGGCAGGUUCUCCAGGAGCUCCGGGUCCUCCAGGAAAGCCAGCUCAAGAUGGGAUCCCUGGACCAGCUGGGGAGAAGGGCUUCACGGGGAAACCAGGGUUGAUGGGCCCCCAGGGACCAGUGGGCAUGUAUGGUUACCCUGGAACAUUGGGUCUGACUGGGAGACCAGGCCACAUGGGGCAAAGGGGAGAUGCUGGUGUCAGAGGCCCUCCUGGCAUCUCAGGAAACACUGGACCUCCAGGUCUGCAGGGCCCUCCUGGUGAGAGAGGGCCUGCGGGAUCACAGGGCCGUCAAGGAGAGUUGGGGCCCAAAGGCCUUCAGGGACAACCAGGCCCUACAGGCCUGUCAGGACUAGAGGGUGGCAUGGGGAGGAAUGGUCCUCCAGGGAGUCAGGGGCCUCCGGGGCCACCGGGGUCGGCUGGAUCUAGAGGGUUUCCAGGAACACCAGGGAUCAUUGGACCGAUGGGUCAGGCAGGAGAGAAAGAAGAGCAGGGAGCAAUGGGUCCUGCUGGUGAUAUUGGUGCUCCAGGUCUGGAUGGGCAGCAGGGUCCUCAUGGGCCAGCUGGUGAAGAUGGGACUCCUGGAACAAAAGGUGACCAGGGAGCUCUGGGCACCCAGGGACAACCAGGGCCCAAGGGACCAAAGGGAGAGCCAGGACCUCAGGGCUCCCAGGGGCUGCAGGGUGAGCCUGGACAGAGGGGCAAAGAGAGUGAUAUUGGAGAGCCUGGAGUUCCUGGGGAUCCAGGUGCUAAAGGAGCAAAGGGAGAUAUGGGGAGUGGUGGCCUAUUGGGAUCAGAGGGGCCUCUAGGGGUCCCAGGCACACAAGGACCAAGAGGGUCAAAAGGAGAAAAGGGUUAUGCCGGCUUAAUGGGUCAAGGGGGCCUGAUGGGGAAGAUUGGACCAUUAGGUCUAUUAGGACUACAGGGUUUCCCAGGUAUUUUUGGGAUUCCAGGACCUGAUGGGCCUCCAGGACAGAAGGGAGACAAAGGUCCUGCUGGUUUGACUGGGGAGCCAGGGACUCCAGGUCCUAAGGGGGUGGCAGGAAGCCAAGGUGUGAAAGGUGACAUGGGACAGCCUGGACCAGUGGGGUCUGCAGGAGUCGCAGGAAAACCAGGUGUUCCCGGUCCAAAGGGAUUUUCUGGACCUGAAGGGCUGGGAGGACAGCCUGGACAGAAAGGGGUGCCAGGAGCAGUGGGAACUGAUGGUUUGCCAGGAAGUAAAGGACCUCCAGGAUUACCAGGACCAGAGGAUGUCAUGGGCGAGAUGGGACAUCAGGGUCCUGGUGGCCCUCCAGGACCUCAGGGACCAAGAGGUAGACCUGGGCUGGAGGGAAGGAAAGGACAAAAUGGUCAAAAGGGAGGUGAUGGCAAAAGUGGACAUCCAGGGAAGGAUGGACGCAUUGGAAAGCGGGGGAAAAGAGGGAAAGCUGGAAAUAGAGGCACAAGAGGAGAGCAUGGAGAGAAGGGAAAGAUGGGAAAUUUGGGUGCAUUUGGUCCUCCAGGGAGACACGGCACAUAUGGUAAAACUGGUCCACGUGGAGAAAACGGUGAAAUGGGUAGACCAGGCUUUAAGGGAGAACCUGGGCCUAUAGGACCACCUGGCCCUCCUGGCGGAGAGGGGUUAAAGGGAAUGCAAGGCUCUAUUGGGGAGCCGGGAAGAGCUGGUCGGAAGGGAGAGCAGGGGGAUAUCGGUCCAGCAGGUAGACGAGGGUCUCCAGGCCUGCCUGGGCUGCCUGGUUUGUUUGGACAGAAGGGCCUGAAAGGAUUUACAGGACCACCAGGCAUUAUUGGAGAGAAAGGCUUUCCUGGUCCACCUGGCCCACCUGGACCCCCAGGACCCUCCCUGAACCUCACAAUGACUCAACUGAAGGUGAGUGUACUUGGCGCCAUGGUGGGUUUGUGUGCAUGUGACGGCUGCCUCGCAUAUCUUGUUUCUCUGUUGGUUGUGCAUAUCCUCAGAAACUGUGCAUCUUUGUGUCCACAAGAUGCAGUUAAUCCCAUGAACAUUGGGGGGGGGGCAGUAUAUCAGGAUGUGACGCAAAGUCAGCAGCAGAUUCUCAGCAGACAUGGAUGUAUUAAGAGACCAAUGUUAUGUGUCCAGCUCAGAGGACGGCUCGUUGGCAUUAAAAUGAGCUUGUAGCUCGUUAUCUACCUUACUACGGUUAGAAAGAGCCCUCGUUGGUGUUUUAACAACAUUUCCUUUAUGGGUUAUUGAUCCGGGAAGUUCAAAUCUGUCAAUAUUUUUCCAACUUUAGUGAACUAGUUCAGUUCUGCAUUACUCUUCCACGAUGAAAAAGUAAAUAAACUCUUCAUCUGUAGAACGGUAUUGAACAUGUUUACCAGUAUUAUUUUGGCCCAAGGUGCACUCAUUCACCAGGGUAUUAAUUAUCUCCUCGUUAUUUAGGAUUGAUGAUACUAGAUUUUGUGCUGACUCGCUCAUAGUGACACACACGUCUAGCAGCACCAAGAUCUGUACGGAUAAUGACCUAAAACACAAGACGGCAGCAGCGCCGUGAUGACGUCAGAUUUCAUUCCAUAUUCUCAGAGUUUCAAUCAAUAUAUUCAGGAUUUCAUUUCAUAUAUUCAGGAUUCAUUCCAUAUAUUCAGGAUUUCAUCCCAUAUAUUCAGGGUUCAUUAAAUACAUUCAGAGUUUCAUUCCAUAUAUUCAGGAUUUCAUUCAAUAUUCUCAAAUUUCACAUUAUAUAUAUAAUAAUUUCAUGAACGGCAUGCCAUAAUAUAUAUACAUAUAUGUAUAUAUACAUAUAUACAUAUAUAUAUAUAUAUACUGUACCACAUUAGCCUGGGCCUUAGCAUCUCAAAGCCUAAGACAGCUGGAUAUGGUUCCCAUGGCCGCAGGCUCACAUGUUAAAGUAAGGGGUUAGGUUUUUGAAGGUCUAUGGGUAGUCAUCUAAAUCUCCAGCCCCAAAAACAGUAACUGUAACCCCCCUGGUGGGUUCUAGAUGGAACCCUGCAGUUGUUGGUAUAGAGGGAGAGGAGCCAUGGUGAACACACACAUCCCUGGGGGGUGCCAGUGCUGAUUGUCCGGGUGCAUGAUUUCCCCCAGCCUCACCUGCUGCCUCUUUCGUUUGUGAUCCACUGACAUGUGGAGGCUGGCACAGUGAGCUGGGAGCUCAUGUAUAUGUCAGACAAGCCCAACUACAUCCUGGUACCAGACUCUCUUGACUCGCCUUCAGAGAGUCUUCGCUGGUUCAUAAAUCCACCAGAUGGCAGCGAACAACAUCCAGCUACUACAUGUCUGGAGCUG